GACGCUUUGAUACGACAUCACAGUGCGCCUCUCGCGCUUCCCUCCCUCUCUCCCACCACCAUGCCUGUGCGGACCAGGGCCAAAGCUUCAAGCCCCGACGUCAAGUUGGCGCCGCUGCCGACCGAGGUGCAGCGUGAGAUUAUGCGCCUUGCAGGAGUCAUCGAGCCGGGGUGUAUGCCCAAGAUGAUGCUCGCUUCGAAGAAAGUGCGAGACUGGUACGUGUCCCCCACCCUCGCCGACACCCCCCACCGAUUCAUCUCGACCCGAGGGUCGAACCUUGGAUCUACCGUGUGCUUCGAAUCGACUCUGUUUCCCCCGAAAGCCUAUUAUUUCAAGAGCUUCUGGAUGGGAAAAAGCGCAACAAGACAACGACAGCCGAGCGCUCGUGGACGCCAUUUCGCGUGCACACCUUACAGAUAGCUUUCAUAGGCCAGAUUCGACCCGACCUCGUCGAGAAGGUCCUGUCGAUCUGCGUCGCGGCGACAGACACCGCGUUCUUCGACCUCCCCUUCUCGCUGAACCCGACCAUCACCCCCCUGCUCGAGUCCCGCCCCCUGCGCCGGCUGACGGUGCAGUUCAAGGACCUGUUCCCAUCGGACCAAUCGCUUCGCGUCGAUUUUACGCAGCCGCUGUUCGCGUCGAUCACGCACAUGAACAUGCUCGACGCGUUCGCGACGGGCUACCAGAACUGCGAACGGAUCGGACGGAUGCCGGCGCUGACGCACAUCGCCUUCCGCGAGCAGGCGGGCUCGAACAACUUCUGCCGCAUCCUCUUGGCCGACUGCCCGCUGCUGCAGAUGCUCGUGAUCAUUUCCUCGGAGGAGUCGCUGUCGAUGUAUUACAAGGACGCGCGGGCCCCGUUCACUGAGGAUAAACGGCUGGUGCAACUGGUGCUGAAAGACCCUGCAGAUGAUUGGGUGCGGGGAACCCUGGGGGAGGAUGACGUCUGGACACGAGCUGCUGCGAUCAUACGUCAAAGAUGAUGAUGCGCGUGGGAUCGAGAUUGGAAUACACCCCCACAAGUACCGACUUACUUACCAUGAUGAGCUAGCGAAGACAUUCGAGAUGAUAUAAGAAUCUGCGCAAGCAGGGCUGCACUGACUUGAGUCGAUCCAAGCACCACGCAUUCACCUCGCGACUUACGGCUGCGUUGAAGGUCAACCUAUGACCCGCACUUUCUUCACGGAUCAGCGCUCGUCUUGUCCGUGAAGAGAGAUCUAGAGAGAUCGGUCAUCGGUCGAUGCAAGUCGAAUAUGUAAGCCUCAUUGGCUGAAGUCUCCGGCCGGGCCGCAGCGAAAGCGCGAGCGCCAGACUCAUAGUCAUGGUCAUGGUGUGCGUCACUCGGCGUGCAACAGUUGUCUCUGGCGCACUUUUUGGGAUUCUUGGACUCGUCUUGGACCUACUCAUGCCCUAUCGCUCCACUUGUGCUUCAUCGUUCCUGUGGCCUAACCUAUUACGGGGCAACACUGUAUCGAUCACGCUCUUGAGCGCAAGAGACGGCCCUGGGUUCUUGACUGCAGAUGCAAAGUCUCAGCGGAUCUGCUGCCGUCUUUACCCGGAUGCUCUUUGAUGUGUCUAGCCUUUCUGUUCAGAGGCUGCGAUGAACGAGGGUUCCGCCAUUCUCCUCAGCUGACUUGAUGUAUCAAGGUUAUCAAGUCGAGCAAGGAAAGGAAUCUCCUAGUUUGCUUGGCUGUUUCAUGCUUCCGUCGGCAUUUUGUCACUUCUCCUCACAACGAACAGAUUCUGCAGUCCAACUACUUGAAGGCUUUCUACUAUCAGACCAAUGGGUCUUCAAUUCUUCCUAUGGUUUGUAAAUCCUCCGGGUCAUCAUGUUUCUAUCACGAAGAGUCCUCCCAUUUGAAUCGUGCCCGCUCUCCUAUCGAUCUCGGUAGGAUGAGGCCCUCGAGCUGACUCCGCGAACCCCGAAUCACUAUCCCAGCGCAUUUCAAAUGCAUGCGCUCCACCUCAAAUCCAAUGGCCAGCGGAACGCCCGUCUGGCUGCCAUCUGACAUGCUGGCUUGGUCAUCCUCAAUCUUUCAUGGAUAUAAGGCCUCCUCCUCCUGUUGGCACAAUCGUUGUAGCAUCCUUCAAUGCCACACUCGACAGCCGCUACUCGCCGUGUUAAUGCUCCUGGGACAUUGCCUGGGCAGGGCAGAUGUGACCGGCAUGUUUGUUAGAGCCGGACUCGACAGGCCUUUCUCCCGAUGAUUACGUCCAGCAAAGUCGUCGUUGACGACGGAGACAGGGUGCGUUCGGCGCUGCAUUACGCGCAUUGUGCUUAUGCUUAGAAACUUCGUGCAGGUGGUCAGAGAGGUGAUAAUCGGCGCCUUGUCCGAGCCUGUCAGAGAAGAGAUCAUAGCAUAUCGCCCAGCGAUCGUGAGCAAUAUGCUCUUUCGUGCCACGAUUAGCCUCUCACGACGGGCAGAUCUACUUCCAGAUGGCCUCUGGCAUGCGAGUCACCAACGUCGUAUCGUACGGACCUGAGGGCGAACUGCUGCUGACCUUGGUGUUCACAAACGGAAGUGAGCCUUCGAAAUGUCACUCGGCAUAGCCCUCCGCUGACCGGCCGCAUGCAGUCCCAGGCAUUUCCGACGACCAACCGAAACCAAGUGUUGCUGAGUUGGACGGCAUGAUUGGCAGCACAGUGCAGCAUAUCGUAGACGUCAUCCGCGGCAUGGUCAAAGCAGGAUCAUUGUAGCGGCUGGAAUCGACAAUUAAAAUCAAGAUUGUACGCCCUUGAGGCCGAAUCCGACGACCCCCAACGCUUCCGGUGUGAUCCGCAUCCAGACGUCGAGCAGCUCCCACCAGACGCGCUGCUGUGCCUGUUGGCCGUCCAGACUGCUGACCCACAUCGGGGGGCUGGUGAGAUCAGUCAGCAAGCAACGAGCAACGCAGCACGGGAGAGCACGCACUCGCGGAUUUGACAGGCGGCGAGAUAUGCUCCCGGGGGCGUCGGCUUCAGAACGGCGUAGACGAGGUUCGUCGCGCCGUCCUCGGGCGACCAGGCGAGGAGAUUUGUGCAGCUCACGCAUAGGCGGCUCUUCUGUGUCCUCACAAUCCCGGGAUUGGCACAACUGAAGUGAAAAAAAAGAAUCAGCGCAGUGAGACAUCACACGGAGCUGCAUGAGACACACUUGAUGACGACUUUGUGGGCGAUGGGCAACUGUCCCAUCUGGCGCGCGAGCAUAAGAAGCACCAAUUUGGUCAUGCCGUAUCGGUCUAUAUGCGUUGAAGAUUCGUUGAGGGCGUCGAGUAUCCUCGGCGCAUUGUCAGCUCUAAAAGCGACGUAGAACGGGUCUAUGUAAAGAAAUGAGCAUCAGUAAAUAGGCGGGGCAGAAACGACAGUCAGAACGUGCCGGCAGAUCCGAGAAAGGUGAGAUGGGGCGGAAAGUCUGGUGCGUCGGGAUGGGGCAGCCCGAGCUUCCCCGUCUUAUGAAGUAAAGGCAGAAGGAGAAGACCCAGGAGCGCGGUGGAGACGACAUUUAUUUGCAGCCUGGGUCAUGCCAGUCAGCGCUCGCGACCCUAGACUCGGGCAAUACGCACAUACGUUCCCAGCCAUGCUGCGUCGUCCGCCAUUCCCGCGCCACAUCGUACCAGCAGUCUUCCCCGAGUAUGACCCCAUCCAGGCGCAGUAAAGUAGCGCGCGCGCGCUCCGCGAACCGCAGCACACUAUCGUAGUCGGCCAUGUCGAGCGCCCACACGUCGAGCUCGCCCGUGAAGCCGUCCCCCGCCUCCCUCCUUAUCCGUGACGCCAGCCGCUCGUGCGUCUCGGCCUCGGUUGCGGAGGCGGAGGCGAGGGCAGAGGCGGGGUGGCCCAAGACAAUGCGCGCAGGCUUGAGGCGCGCGAGGUGCACGGCGGCAGCGACGACGAGCGGGGACGCGGCACCCGUGAGGAGGUACGUGCGCCCGGUGAGCGGGAUCUGCGGGGUGCGGAGGCCGGCGAAGAGCUGGUCGUGGAUGAGGGAGGCGAAUGUGAAGUGGAGAUUGGUGAGGAAGUGGCUCAUGGGCGGCGGGAUUGACCUGUCUGGGGCCAGGCAACGUCUUGGUUUUGGGGGCCGGGAUCGCUGUUUGUAGGGACAACCGUUGUCUCAGCUAUACGUCCGUGGUCAGAGCGGUUUUGAGUGGGCAGGGUGAAAUUCAGGUUCCAUCACGUGAGACAGACAGCUACCCGGACGGACUUCCGAGGAGCUAUCUUGAGGAGUCGGGACCCACAGAUGAGCGGGGAGAAAGGUCCAGAACGAGGCUCAGAGUCGAGGAUCGCGCGCAAAGGACGACUUGGAACCGACCAUAAUCUCAAGUUGUAGGACAACUGAGUCAUGUUUAUUCACAUAUGUAAUUGACGAAUACCACCAGAAGCCAUACAUAUCCCGUUUUCAAGGGAUUUAGUCGACCUCAUCUCGUCUUCUGAUCAAUCGGACUUGAGAAACAGCUGCCUUCGGCUGCGUUCGGAUCAGGACCUGGAUCAACGGCAGGAAGUCGGUUUGUGUGACACCCCGCACUGCACCCACACAUGUCAGAGGUCCUUUGUACUUUUCAACAAACGGUUUUGCUUCGUGCUGGCCGCCAUGGCAACAGUGCCUUGUGGUUUCAGACUGCCGACAUAGGAAGAAAGGACAAUGCUGCUGCAGCGUGGUAUCCUCAAGGCGCAUUGUUGAACAUUCCCCUUAUAAGGCGCUCUUGUUUCCUACUCGGUGGAAUCACCCCAGCCAAUUAUGAUCUACGAACGCUACCAAAUGUCUGUCAAAUACGAUGCCCUCUCAGAUUCGGACACGAACUCCCUCUACUCUGACAUCGGAGAGCCUCACGACGAGGUCUGGUAUGAUGUCACGACAAGUGAGCCACUCAUCAGCGCAUCGUGUGCUGCGCUCACGCGUCCCUCUUCCACAGUCAAAGCUCUGCUGAUGCAGAGGGUUGCAGCAUUCAACCGUGCCCGAGCCGUGGGUUCCGAUGAGGAUCCGCAAGAGCCACCGUCACACUCAGACGACGACGACGACGACACCGAACAAGCCAGUUCGUGGUCGGAUCACACCCACGACGAUCCCCGGGAUUUUCUGGGAGGAGAGCCAUCCGAAGAUCGUGUGGGAGUGUGGACGAAAUCGCUCAGAACGAGCCGGAUUGCGUGGCCCUCGGAGAUCCGGAUCGCCAGUCGCAACCCGAACACUGCACGUUCCAGAGAUCCUCCUCUCGAAUCCGAUGAUCUCCAAAGCGCAAGUGACGAUCCGGCCACGGGCCUGAUAGAUGAUGCGGAUAACUUUUUUGACGAUGCACUGUCGAUGGUGAUCGACGUCGACGACCCUGUCAUGGAGGAGACUCACGACGACAGCCUGAGACCCGGACUCGAACGUGCUCGUAGCAUGGUAGUCACAGGACCAAGAAAGGCAGCGGACGACAUGCACAGCGAUGAGGUGACAAGGAAAGAUAUGAAGGGGCCGGGGAAGUUGAGGCGAGCUUUCACUAGGAUGUCGAGGAGACUGAGCAGGGGUCCCACAAAAUUGGGCAUAGAUUUGUAAUCUUACUAUAGUUAUGAUCACCAGGUCACGAGAUCCCGAUACCUUGCGUCGUCGAGAUUGGAAUGUCGAGGAGUAUCGGGAAGUGCAAUGGAUUGCUUCCAGGGCCAACCGAUUGGACUGGACUCAGCGGGGCCUGCCGAGUGGGAUGAUCAGAGACAUCACAACAGCGAUGCGUUCGCUCCAAGCAUUCCUGCUGACCUUAUUUCCAGGCAUCGGGCUCGGAGCGACAAAACUAAGAAUGGCCCGAAACUCGUACGAUUCACGCAAGCAGCAUGCUUAAGUCGGUGCUUCGGCGUUACGGGGUGCGGUGAGAGUUGGCGAUGUCGCAUCUGGCGCUUGCCCCGGAGUAGCAGGCUGAGUCUGAGUCACACGGACUGUGAUUCAGGCACAUGCAGUGUCCGGCGUCGGGCGAAGCUAAACAGGCCGUUGUACUUACACGGUUCUUGCUUGCAUUACUAAGUGUGAAACAUGCAGACACGUUUCUUCCUGCCUUCUGUCCGGGUCCAGGGACCGUUCUUAUAUGCACUGGGUGUCUAACAGAGAGCGUAUGUAUGUCGUGGCGCCUAUCAGGUGCAGGAGACAUGUCAGCGAUCGGGAGGUGCCUGUCGUUGGCCUGCUGUAGCUCGAGAGUCGACACAAGUAAGUAAGUAGGACAUCCGCGCCAAGCCCAAGUAUGCAUUGCACGACACCCAAAUGCUUGGAUCAGGGACGGCCGGCAGAAUCAGUGUUUGAGCAGAUGGCGGUCCACAGAAGAGCGCCCCACAUCAGAGAUUGGUGGUGGUGGCUGUCUGUCGUCUGGACAGAUCGACCGUGUCGAACCUUCAAACGAACAUAUUGUACAUACGGAGCGGUCCUUCAGUUCAGGGCGCAGGUCCAGCCCUCGUUAGUGCCGCUAAUUAGAACUUCGCUACGGGAUGAAACAGAUGAGGGCGUCACGAAUGGUCCGUGACGUGACGCGGAGACCGUUGAUCGUUGAUCGCGUCUCAUCAUGCUCACACGGGGGACAAACGACAGAUCCCUUGUCAGAGACUGAAAUCAAUUUCGUUUGCGACCGGCCGUGAUAUCCCAGCCUCAGGCAUCCUCUUCUCUUCACGCUGCAUGCAGCGAUGAUGGCUUUAGACCCGCCCACGGACGUCCCACGCCUCAGGGACUCCAACUCUCGCUCCAUGAUGGCAACGACGAACAGGAUCACUACUACGGCCGCCGCCGGUGGGACGCCUAUCGCACCCAGUGCGGGUGCAGCUGCUGGUACUGGGGGACGCGCGCCAAGAGGAGGAAGUGGAGAUCCAGGGCGAAGCAGUAGAGCUGGGUCUCGCUCGCGGAGUGGAAUGAUGAUGGUGGACACCACGACCGGCGCACACACCACGACCAGCAUGCACAAUAACAGCCAUCACAAGCCAUCUUCGACGACACCCCCGACCACGGCGAUCUACCCCACCACAACAGUUGGUGGCUGGACUGUGGUGCACCAUGGAACACACGGUCCUGCGCACACGCUCGAACCGUACUACCCCCCGCCCCCUUCCGGCCUCGGCGGCCGUCGCGCGGCGAGUGCAGGCUCUGCGCGCACGCGCUCGCCUGCGGUGCUGCCUAUCAGCGGGAGUGGGAAGGGCACUUCGAUGGCUGCACCGAAAGAUCUGCGGCCGCUGCCUAUGCCGCCGCCCGCAGGCCCGGAUGGUGUUGGAGGGCCAUCUUCUUACGCUAUGCGGCGCACUGGGGCACCAGCGGCUGGAACUGCCUCGAUAUCUUCGUCAAACGGCGGCUCCUCAGGCUUGGGAUAUGCGUAUUCUGGCGGGUCGCCACCACCCCCACCCCCACCGUCGUCUUCCUUCAGAGCACAAAGCGUGGAUCGCGAGACGAGCAGGAGGCGCCCCUCUGUGUCUUCCGUCGUGCCUGUCCCUUCAUCUAGUCUCGCUCUUUCGCCUGCGACAGGUGCCGAACCAUCCAGCGCCGUAUCCCCCGCCAGUGCUGCUAGCUCGCGUCCGCUGCCAUUACCUCCGAAUCCGCAUUCGAAUCCGACAUCAGCAUCGACAUCACGGCCUUCCACGGCGUCUGGCUCCAGCUCGAGGCCGACCACGAUGAGAAUGAAAUCUAACACACUUCCCCAACCGCAACCGGCUGCGUCAGGAUCCCAAUCAUCGAAGCCGGGUUCCAGACCACGGACGCCGGAAAUUGGGGCCAGCUUACGCUCGCCAGCGGCAUCUUACCUAUCAACAACGAGCGCAUCCUCAUCUCCAUUUGACGGCGUGUCGGGUGUUUGGGCGCCUGUUCGUCCCGCAGCGGAUUCUCAUGGGCGUGCUUCUGAACGCAAACGGACCAUUUCAUCUGGUGCACCGCCUCUGCAUCGGAAAACGAGCGGGGGAACUACCCUGUUUUCGGCCAACAAUGGGAGCUCGAGCAGUCUGCAGCAUCGAUCCAGUGCUUCUGGGCUGAGACAGACGCCGACACUGACCGGGUCGAUGUCCUUAGGUAACGUGGCCUCGGGCCCACCGGGCAGGAAGAGCAGUCUUUCUGUAUUUCCGAGCAGUCCAGUUGCUCCUGCGCGCCCGUCUCCGACUCACUCGCGCACGCCGUCGGGUCAUGGUGCCUUCCCGCGGCCAAUGGUGCCGCCGAGCCCGGGUCGGACAGCAACCCCUAUUGUUGCACCACCGCCAAGAGGACAUACGCCUAGGGCAUCGUCCCUCUCUGGGCCCAUUAGCAUCAACAUUCCGCCGGUCCCGGUUAGAAAAGGGAGCGAGGGAAGCCGUGUGCCCUUUGUCGCACCAGGGCCCCCGCCACCCCUGGACACGAUCCCGCCGCCGCCCCUACCGCCGAAACCGGCUGGGCUGGUGAUGGGCCGGCGAAACGAGUCGCUGACGCCGUCGUCGACACGGAGCGUGCCGGCGUUUUCGUGGCGCGAGGGUUCGUCGGAUGAGAGCGAGAGCACGACUGCGCUGACGACGCCCGCGAGCGCGUAUCCGAGUCCGCUGUCUGUUGUCGUCUCGGCGCGGCGGCGGCUGCCGAUGGCGCCGAUAUCGCCGACACUAGAAGGCGGGCCGACGACCCCGCCGAUGCAUUCGCAUCCGCUCGGGGACGACAGCGAGGAGCCGAUGCUGGAUAGCGCGUUGGGCAGUGAUGGAGGGAAGAACCACUGGCUUGCGGCGCUCGAGGGCGAAGUGCGGGACAUGGAGAUGGACGGGAUGACGCUCUCGCCGCCUGUGUUUGCGACUGCCCUAGACGAGGAGGAGAGCGACGGGGAUAUUCAGGACCUAGACCUAUAUGACCGGGAUCUGGGCAUCCAGCAGCAGCGCGUGGACCGAGACCGAUCCCCGUCCCCGAUCCGCUAUGCGCGCCGGGCUUCUGUCGAUCUGGACGUCGUGUUUUCGGACUCGAGCGAGGAGGAAGACGAGGAUGAGGUGCCCGACGCAGCGAGCGUGGAGUCGCCGGCGCAUUCGUCCGUUGACGCCCGCAGCGCCGAUGCGCGUAGCACCUUCUCUCGGGCCCAGAGCACGCGUGCUGACCCCGAGCAGCAGAGUAUCGCUGAGAAAAUCAAGAAGAAUAGCAAACCCGAUAGCGUCCACGGUGCGGACUUGCGCAUCAGCCAAAUCCGGGUUUAUCCCAUCAAGGUUAGCUGUGUCGGUGUGGAGCUCAGUGAAGCUGAAUACGACAACGAAGGCUUCGAUCUCGUGCGCGUGCUCCCCACCAUCGAGCGUGAUCCGACAUCCCCGACCGGUGGUGUCUUGCGCGUGAGUUUCCUCGACUCGCCCACAACGCCGUCAUUCGCGAUCCCGCUCUACCCCACAGCGGACGAUCUCGGCAGCUGGGAGACGCACUCCGACUUCGAUCUCUGGGGCCACGCCGGCGAGGGCUACAUCGUCCAGCACGCGGCGGCCAGCGAUGCGACACCCAGCGACACGCCCUCCAAGAUCCUGUCGGCGUACAUCGGACGCCCGGUGCUGCUCGUGAUGAACACGCCCGCGCCCCGGCCGCUGCCCGACCCGCUCGUAUUCGACGCGGGCCGGUUGGAAUAUGGGAGCGUCGCGACGGUCCGGUACCCGGACUGCACGCCGUUUCUGCUCGUCUCGGAAGCGUCGCUCGCGGACGCGCAGGCCAAGGUGCACGAAAUGGCCCGGGGGCUGAGCGAGAGUGAGGCGGCGGGCGCAGGGUGCGUGGCGCCGAGUCCGAAUCAGAUCGAGGCUGGCUGGGCCGAUGCAGACGAGCCGAAGCCGCUGUGUGCGGUGGAACGAUUCCGCCCGAAUGUCGUCGUGAGCGGGGUCGUCGAUGCGUUUGGAGAGGACGAUUGGAUCGAGAUCGCCGCUGGGGGUGGGGUCUUUUUCCUUCCGGCGCGGUGUCCGAGAUGCAUGUUCCCGAACGUCGACCCGGAGACCGCCGAGCGCGACAGACACAUGCCGAACAAUGCAAUGAUGGCAUAUCGCAAGGUCGACAUCAUGGCCCCGACGAAAUACUGCUUGGGAAUGUAUAUGCUUCCAGUGGCAGCCAAGGGAAAACUUCGCGUUGGAGAUCAACUUGUCGUCGUGAAGAGUGCAGUCAAUCCAAGUCUAAUGGAUUGAUGGCCGCUGCGGAUUUCGUCGGCAAAGCGUUCGCCAAUUUGUCCAUUCAGAGGUCGCAUUGCCAAUGAAUCAUGAUUAAAAUUGAACAAUUAAAUAGUCAAGGAUAUACUGAAACGCCUGCCAAGAUCAGUUCGAAUGUCCCCAAGAACUAGAUGCAGACGCCGUCAUGUGACUGGACGGAAACGCGUUCCCGGGGAGCCGACCCUGCUGCUGAGUAGUCGUUUGGGAAGGGCGUUGGAGAUGGCAGCGUUUGAGGCAUUCAUCUGUGGCGAUGGCGACACUGUCUGGGAUCUGCAACGGAAGCCAUCUUCAGUCGGUUACCAACAAGAAAAGGAGUUGCUGCGACGACGUCUGGGGAUAGACCGAACACUGGUCGCGCAAAGAUGUUUCAAUGAAUGACCAGAGCAUGGAAGAGCAGAUUACAUACGCCGCUGAGCAACCUGCAACGCUCCGGGAUCCUCGCUAUUGAGCCCAGAGACAAAGAAGGCAGGCUCUGCCCAUAACCCGUAAGUCGCGGAGACUAGAAAAAAUAUUCUCCUGCACUCACCGCAUCCGUCGUUGACCUGGAAGUGCACCGAUCCCUGGGGAAACACGGUCAUGCUCCCGGGCGGAAUCUCAUUCAGCACGAAUCGCGCGCCGUUCUCCGUGAUCAUGCCGGAGCGGAUCGUCUGGUUGACGCUAAACAGCACCUCCGCCGCGCGCGGGUGCGUGUGCGGCGUGUUCAUCGAGCAUGCGUCCAGAAUCCCAACGGCUGCAGACGUGUACUUGUGAGCGGCGGUGUGAUCGACGAUGUUGGGGAUCAGAGCGCACCCAUGGCCGCGCCGUUGCCGACGACAGCGGGGAAGCUCGCGCUGUUCGCGAGCACGACUUCCCCGCCCGCUCCCUUGGCUGCUUUUAGACUGGGAUCAAAAAAGUCGAAUACAAACUGAGCAGUGUGUGCAACACGGUCUACAGCAGUCGCCGCGAUUUUCAGAGAGCUGAUCAGCUCUGGUCCAGACGGCGACGGAGAGGCCAGGAUGGCGCUGACAGCAGAGAGAAUGACAGCAGAGAGAAUGAGAGACGCAGAGAACACCGUGUAUGGGGACGGGGAAGAAGAUGAAUGUGUUGGGUGUGGAACUCGAGACGUGCGUUAAAUACCCUUGCAUUCAAUCUGGUGAAACGAGCGGUGAAUGGUCCGUUUGUGGCAACACAGCGUCGCCCGUUGCCAAUCUGGCGGUGCACUCCUAUCGAUCACAACGGGUGCUCAUGGGCGGUCCGUUAGUCCAGUCCGGUCUUCUCGGUCAGCGGCUGUGUGGGCCGCCUUUCAUGCAUUCAAUUUGGUUUCAAUUUUGCUGAGGCGUCCCAAUCAGUAGGUACUAGAUUCUACUCAGAUUUGAUUCCUGUAGACUCCUGUUCGACCAGCAUGCAAGACGCCGUGAUAUAGUCUCACGGUUCAAUCUUGAUCACGUGG